UCUGCCAUGCUGGUGUGCGGUGCCGGUGUUCUUGCUCGUGUGGUGGUGAGGUAGUUACAAGUGUAGGGUUCCUUCUAUUACAACUAUAUUGAUUAAAAUUAUUCGGUACAUCUCGCUCAACUGUUAACAUGGCUGUGUGAAAAAGUGACUGUGCGAAAAGUAUAUUAAGUAAACGUGAGGUUAGUGUUCAUAUAAAAGGGAUUCUGUUAGCUACAAAGUUAUUUUUUUUAGUAAGAUGAGUGAAUAUUAUAACAUAGUACCGUGGUUUGAUAGCAAAGAAUGGCAUAAAGCUUAUACGGAUAUCUAUUCGCCAAAUUCAACUGAUCUCACGAAAGAAGACGCUCUUGAAAUAUUGCAUGUGUGGAAAGCUAGAUGUCCCAUAUUGCCUUCAGGUAUUGAAUCCACCUUAACGUUACUGGAAGUACGUAUUCAAGACAUUAAAAGCUUCGAUGUAGUUGGUGAACAAAUUAUACGCUUAGCUUAUUCGACGGCGUUAAUGAGAUUUGUAAAUCAUAUGCUUGAUUCUCAAACUUCAAAAGGAAGUAGUUUAUAUAAAGCAGCUCAAAAUUUAGGAGUUCCAGACUGGGUGAUAGACUUGCGCCAUGAUACUGCACACGGUAAUAUGCUGCCAUCACUUGAACUUCUUAGAGAGGCCACAUCCAUUGGCUUUGAGUGGCUUAAGGUGAACUAUUGGGAUAAACAUAGAAAAAUUGUUAAAGAUUAUGUCUGUGGCCAAAAGGAAUUGGAGAAUGAUGAGGAAAGCAAAGUUCGUGUGUUAAUGAAUUUCUGUUUUUCAUUAAGCAUAUGUGCACAUUCUAAAUUGAAAAUUAAAAGGUUAGCUGACAUUCCUGACAAAAGCAUAAGAGAAUCAAUGAUUAAUAAUAUAAAAGAAAUAUUUGGGGAUUUAGUUGAUUUAACAAAUUUAAAGAAAGUUACUAUUGUUUCUUUGAUAAACCUGAUUAAUAUAUAUUCUAAACGCCUAUUAAAGAACCCAGAUGCACCUUUAUAUGCAACUGAAGCUCUGCUGGGGAAUGAUGCACUAUUUUUAUCAUUGGAUCUGUUUAACUUUUUAAAUGAACGUGGUUCUAUGAAAGAAUCUAGCUUGAACAAACAUUAUGUUCAUUGUUUUGAAACAUUGCUUACAUAUUUACAUACAAAUGAUCUACUUCAAGAAUUUGUUAUGGAGCUCAUAGCAAUCACACAAAGUUGUGAACUCAGCAACGAAAAGCGCUGGCUUGCUGCAUUGUGGACAUCAGAAAUUUUAAAAGCAUUAAAAAAAUCGAGCAAAUUUGUUAAAAGAUUUACUAAUAAUACAUCUAACAAUAUGGAGAAAAAGAAGAAAAGUGAACUAAAAGCUUUAUUCUACCACUGGUUUCCAAAUGAGAAGGGCUGUGGUCUAUUAUUAGACUUAUUUAAACCAAUACCAGAAGGUUUAACCAAUUUAAGCUUUAUUCGGCCUUUUAUAACAACUUACAAUGUUUAUCUGAUUUAUUUCAUUAAAGACAUUUUGAAUCUUCUUGAGCCACCGUUGCCUGCAAAUAUAUAUAAGAAGAUAUGUGAGCUUGCAACACUGGUAGCAUCACCUAUGAAGAAAUUUGAUACUGUACCAAAUAGAGUAUUUACUGUUUCUGAUGUUAAAGCUGCAACGGAAGACGAACAUAUUGUUGAUGUUGAUGAAGAAAAAGAUGGUAUGGAGGCAGAUUUGGACGCAAGUGAAACAGAUUCACAAAACAAUACAAUAGCUUUUGGCAUAUGGAAGAUGAAAACUGUAGGAGAUGAUAUUUGGUCUGAGUGUCCUAUUGGGAGAGUGCCAGCUACACUGCAUCCACCUCAACCAGAUACUACAGACAAAGAAAAUAGUGAACCUAUGGAUAUUGAAAUGUAUGAAUAGAAAUUAAUAAAUAAAUAAAAUCACAACAGCAA